GUGGAGGUAAUCAAUUUGUUAUCUGAUAUUUGAGUUCGCAGCUCUCCAAAACCAGAACAACUCUACUGCUGAAUAUUUUAGCGCGCUGCAAAAAACUCUACUGCUGAAUAUUGGAUCUCCUCCAUUGGUAUCUCCUGUAGUGGUUUUCAAUUGUUUCCUAAGGGUUAAAACAUUAGGUAUCAGUUGAUUUGAAGCUUUCUAAGGCUCAUCAUUAGUUGGAAUUAUAAAAUGGUGAAAAAGAACAACGAUGUGCAUAGUAAGGGCAAAAAUCCAAAAACAACAAAAGACGAGUCCAAGAUGGUGAUUCCUCGGAAGACGGGUUAUUUUAACUUUCUGAAAAUAAAGGGCCAUGAAAUGAAGAAACAAAAAAUAGUGGACAAAGUGGAUACGAAGACAAAGAAAGAAAUUGCUAAUAUGUGGCAAAAGUUGGAUGCCACUCAAAAAGCAGAGUAUGAUUCUAAAACACCUUCAACGAACGCCUCGAACAAGGGUUGUUUGAAGAUAAGCACACGAUGCAGUCCGAAGGAUAUCAAGGACACUAUAAAUGUUUUAAGCGAUGAGAAAAAAGCAGCCAUUGAAGAAAUGGGAUUUGUUUCGUUGUUGGAAAUGAAGUGCGGAAAAUUGUCUCAUUCAUUGUGUCAUUUUUUAGUUGAUAAAUUGGAUCCUGCUGAAUCAUCAAUUGUGCUACAUGGAAAAACAUUUAAGAUAUCUGUGGAUGACUUCGUGCGCAUAAUGGGUGUUAAGGAUGGAGGAGAGGAAGUUCACUUCACCGGAUCCAUGGAUGACCAAGACAUUGUAAAUAUGCGAAAUUCUUUUUUGGGCGGGAAGAAGCUUUUAAAAAAUAAUGAGUUGAAGCAGAUAAUGGUGGGGACAGAAGAAGCAAGUGACUUUUUCAAAGUUGGUUUUGUCAUGUUUGCUCUAUGCACAUUGCUAUGCCCAACCACUUCCGUGUAUGUGAAUCUAAAAUAUCUGCUUCCGUUAAGAGAUAGCAAGGCAAUAGCAAGGAAAAAUUGGGCGAGUUAUUCUUUGAGAUUUUUAUUAGACAGUGUCAGGUCAUUUAAGGAGAACAAUCAAGUUUACAUCGGUGGUUGCUUGUUAUUCCUUCAAUUAUUUUACCUUGAUGCUAUAGCUCAUGGUAGCGUACUUGUGGAUAGGUCUGUGCUACCACUUACUGUGUGGGGGAAAGUAGAGACCGAAAAAAUGAAGAAGUGGCUACAAAAAAAAGGGGGGUUUGAAAGUGAUAAGGUAGUUGUUAUGAAAACUGAAUAUGGAGGCCUCGGAGAUGAUGCCAAAACAAUGACUCACUUUGCUGAAGAGUUAAGUUCAAUAAAAAAGGAUGUGGCAACUUUGGUGGCCACUGUUGCUCGUAUGGACAAAUCCCUCUCCAAGAUUAUGUCUGAGUUAUCAUCAAGAAAUGAAGAGAAAGAAAGAACAUUGCGCACUCCAUGCCCUCAUUAACUGAAAGUUAAACUGAAUAAGGAAGAUGAUAACAUGUUUAAUAUGGGGAGUGAUGGGGGACAAAAAGACCUUAGAAAUGCUAAACCUCCAAAAAGUAGGGCAAACAAAGAAGAUGGAACUCUCAACGAGCAAGAUGACAAUGGGAAAAGAUUUGCAACUGUUGAUAAAACUUUGGCUCCCUCUGUUGAAGUCAUCCGUGAGAGAAAACAUGCAAAACAACCUCAUAAUGAGGUAUGAUGAGUAUUGGUUAUAGCUUGUUUGUAUGCGUUUUCAUAUUUUCACUUGUUAGUUUACAUGUUUGGAUGAUGACAAUUAUCGAGCAUUUGAUAUGCAGAAAUCAUUGUACUAUGGAUUACGUUGUAUUUUUAUUUGGUUUUCUCCCAAUGUAAUAACAAAGUUAGGUGUCCUUAUUU